AUGAGCAAUGUGGUGGAGCAGUCUCUAGUAAUCGAGGAUCUCCUUCGUUAUUUCCCUAUCGUUGCCAUCGACACUGAGUUUCCCGGCUUCCUCCGUGACACUCCCCGCCACACCUCCGAUGAACAACGCUACGCCGACGUGAAGCACAAUGUCGACGGCACCAGCAUCAUUCAAUUCGGCCUCGCCCUGUUCGAUGCUAGUGGCAACCAGCCAUGGCCCGGUUGUUGCUGGCAAUUCAACUUCGCCGACUUCGACCCCGACCUCAGUGCUUCCUCGCCCAACUCCAUCCGCCUCUUGCAGGAGAGCGGCCACGACCUGCAUAAGAACCGCCGCAACGGCAUCAAGUCGGCGCAAUGCUACUCUCUUCUUCGCCACAAGCUGUUCCGCGGCCACAACGCCAAAUACAUAACUUUCCAUGGACUCUACGACGCCGCUUACCUGAUGAAGGUGCUCACCGCCGGAAGACCACUCCCUGACACUCUGCCGGAGUUUCUAUUCGAAGCUGGAAAUAUUUUAGGCGAACUGUACGACCUGAAGCACGUGGCUAAUUCUUGCCCCGGGCUCCUUGGCGGCGAGCUCGGCCUCACAAAGUUGGCCAGGUUGGUGGAACUAAAAGCAGAGGGCGUUGCGCAUCAGGCCGGCUUCGACAGCAUGGUGAUCGGAUUGGUGUUCACCGAGAUGAAGAAGAGAUGGGAGAUCGAGAAGGCGCAAUUUGUCAUGGUGCUGUACGGGGUGGAGAAAGCUUGCGUGGAGUUCAAGAUCAAGGCGAGUAUCGAGAGGGCACAACGACUCAGCAGUCUUCCUCCCCUGCUGCAAUGGCUCCCGCCGGUCCAUGGCGUCGUCAAUUAUCAUCCUCCUGCGAAUGAUGCAACGAUUUCUGUAGAACAGACGAUCAUCCCGCAGCUGCCGCUGCCGCAGUCGUCUUCGGUGGUCGUCAAUUACAGCUCUCCUGGGUUGCUGCCGCUGCCGCAGUCGUCUUCGGUGGUCGUCAAUUACAGCUCUCCUGGGUUGCUGCCGCUGCCGCAGUCGUCUUCGGUGGUCGUCAAUUACAGCUCUCCUGGGUUGCUGCCGGCGAGCGAUCCUCCGUUCAACCCAGUGCAACCGGUGCAGUAUUACUUUUAUUCUUGGCCUUACCCAAUGCAGUUCAUGCACUAUUUCACCUAA